AUGGAAGAUAUUCUAAAAAACUAAUGAUAAUUACGCAUUUAUGUUUUAAUAAUUGUGAAAAUCUAUUUUUGGGACUAGGAAGGCAUAAUUGAUGGUGAAGAUGGAAACCGGCAAGUUAGUGGUGGCGAGAGUAGACGGCAAGUCAACCGUAACUCGAUGCUUCUCUCAGUAUCCUCUCAAGUUCAUCGUUCCCACUAAGGCAGGGCGAUCCGAAGCUGAUGCGGUUUGGAUCUACGCUCUCACUUAUGGUGGUGGUAUUGUUUCUGGCGAUUGUAUUUCGUUUGACCUAACCAUUGAUGAUGGAUGCACUGCUGUUUUGACAACUCAGGCAUCUACUAAGGUGUACAAAUCGGUUGCCUUGAAGUGUUCUAAGCAAACAAUGGAGGCAAGAAUAGGGAAUGAUGCCCUUAUGGUUGUCAUUCCAGAUCCAGUGACUUGUUUUUCUACCGCAAGGUACUCCCAAAAGCAAGUGUUCAGAAUCGUGUCUGGCUCAAGCUUACUUCUUGUUGAUUGGAUCACUAGCGGGCGUCACGAAAGUGGAGAAAAAUGGGAUUUCGGACUUUAUAAGAGCACCAACCAUAUAUAUUUGGAAAGCAAACCUUUGUUUCUUGAUACAGUACUACUUGAGCACGAAAGUGCUACGAGUAUUGCUGAACGGAUGCAGUGUUACCAAGUAAUUGCAAUGGUUAUUCUACUGGGGCCCAAGUUGAAGCACAUACAAGACCAAGUUCAAGAAGAUGUGAAGAAGAUGAUGAUGGAGCAAUUACACAUGCCAUCACGCACGAAAGCAUGUAAUAGUGACAGAUAUACAAAACCAUCCCUUAUCGCUUCUUGUAACCCCUUUGGUCCAAAGGGAGUUGGUGUUGUCAUCAGAAUAGCUGCCACAACAACUGAAUCAGUUUAUAGGUUCCUUCAACACCAAUUGGCUGGUUUGGAACCAAUGCUUGGUUUGUGCCCCUACCAAUAGUAACUCCACUAUUAUUUGUUUUCUAGUUAUUAUUUCCUCAUAUUUUCACCAAUUUAAAAACUAUAAUUGUACAUGUAUCAAUAGUAUACAUUUUUAUUUGGAUAUAAUCAUUUUAAACAACAAAUGAGUUAUAAUAAUGCCUAUUGAUUUGAUC